AUGAAGUCCAGCCUGACUGUCGAGAAGGAGAAGGAGAAAGGGGAGAAGCAGGGUCUGCAAGUGGCCGGUGCCAAGACGGACGGCAACAAGGUCGCUGGCUCUUCUGGCAAAGUUGCUGGAUCUCCCAUCGUGCAGCAGCAGCCGCUGCAGCCGCACGAGAAGCCUCGUCGCGUCGUCAAGCUUCGUCCUCAGCACGUUAGCUCCCUCGAAACCGCGGACGACGACGAGUAUGACGACUGCUGGGAUCCCUACUAUGAGGAACCCCCUACCAAGGACGACAAAGUUGUCGAGGAGGAUUUCGUCCUCAUGAAGAAGCCCGGCCCGUCUCGUUGA